CUGGAAGUGCCGUAGUCUCGUAAGGCCCUGCUGAUGCGUGAUCCAAACACUUCCGUGUGAGCUGCGGUUGUCUGUGCUAAGCUACAUAUGGAAAUCUUGAAAUAAUUCUGAAUGCGCAUUUUAUGCCACUUCUAAACUACGUACUGAAUGUAAUUUGAUGUACAAUGGCUCUUGUAUCGACAGACACCAAAAUAGCAGAAUAUCUGACUGAACUGCACCAGCUCAUCAAACAGACGCAGGAGGAGCGAUCUCGGAGUGAACACAAUCUGCUCAACAUCCAGAAGACCCAUGAACGAAUGCAGACGGAAAACAAGACCUCUCCUUACUACCGGACCAAGCUACGUGGGCUGUACACCACAGCGAAGGCCGACGCGGAGGCAGAGUGCAGCAUACUUCGACAUGCUUUGGACAAGAUCGCUGAGAUAAAAUCCCUACUGGAGGAAAGACGCAUCGCGGCGAAAAUGGCAGGGGUGUAUAGUGACAGCGACCCUCCCAGGAAGACCAUGCGUAGGGGCGUGCUGAUGACCCUCCUGCAGCAGUCUGCCAUGACACUGCCCCUCUGGAUUGGCAAGCCGGGGGAGAGCCCACCCCCCCUGUGCGGGGCGAUUCCUGCCAGCAGUGACUAUGUGGCCAAGCCAGGGGACAAGGUGGCGGCUCGAGUGAAGGCGGUCGAUGGCGACGAGCAGUGGAUCCUGGCCGAGGUUGUCAGCUAUAGCCACUCCACCAACAAGUACGAAGUGGACGACAUUGACGAGGAGGGCAAAGACAGGAGACACACUUUGAGCAGAAGGAGAAUCAUUCCUUUGCCACAGUGGAAAGCCAACCCAGAAACAGACCCCGAGGCGCUCUUCAGCAAAGACCACCUCGUCCUGGCUCUGUACCCCCAGACCACAUGCUUCUACCGAGCACUAAUACACACACCACCGCACCGGCCCCAGGAUGACUACUCUGUGCUGUUUGAGGACACAUCCUACGCUGAUGGGUACUCCCCCCCUCUCAACGUGGCCCAGAGAUACGUGGUGGCCUGUAAGGAGAACAAGAAGAAGUGAAGGAGACGCGUUUCUGCUGGGGGGGGGUGUGCUUUAUAUGUGUCAUAGUGUGUCUUUAUGUGAAGUAUGGCGUCAAAUAAAAGUUGCUUAUGAGCUUUUCAUCAA